CCGGUACUCUCGGUGCACCUGAAAUGUUUCCGAAUCGAUAUUCUGUUUUCUCCAAGUUCACUUUGCAACUAUACAUAUUCACACACGAAGUCUCCUUUACAGAGAAUCUUUAUCUUUAUAUUUUCUCUCCUUUACAGCAACUAUAAUAAGUUCACUUUGCCUCACCAUUGCAGAUUUCUUCAGCUUUCAACAAGAGAAAGGGAAAGAUGAUGCCAGAUAGUGAAAUUCAUCCAAGGAGUCAAGAAUCAGUUGAAAGUGAAGCAAGCUCUUACCAAGGAGUGAGUUUCCCGUCCCCAUUGAACGGCGUUGUAAUCUUUGUCAUAUCCACAUUAGGUGGAUACCUCCAAGUUCGAUUCCAAUCGAAGAACGUGUCGCCAUUCGAAGAACACUACCAGAUUAUGUGGGCAGCUUCUAUGGUGCUAUCCCUUUAUUCCAUCAUGUUGAUUGGUGAAUUCAAUCUUGAGGUACGUAAACAUAGCUUCGUUUCGAUUGCGAAACGCUUCACUGUGCUUAUGGGAGCUCUUGAGGCUGUGUUGCUCACUAUAAUCAUAAUGCCCUGGUUUGGGUAUUUGAAGUUGGUACUUUGGAGCAUUUGUUUUCUGAAAGCAACAUUGGAUUCCUAUGAAGAAAUGUGCCAAUGUUUUCAUCAGGUGUUUUCUCAAACCGUUGAUACCAUAAGAAGCUAUUUUAGCAGAGAAGAAAAACGCUUGCCAGUCUAGUGUACCAUUACUAUUGCUAGCAACAUGAGGAAACUUUAAUAUAACAAAUUACACGUUGGUAUUGGUUACUUGCACGUUGGUUUUCUAGUUGGCUUGAUGUUCUUCUAUUAUUAGGCUAUCUGUGGAGAAAGAGAAGUAGCAGCAGAUUAAAGAGAUGUGUUGUUUAUUGUUCUGGUCUAGAACUACUAACAGUGAUAAAAGGGGGUUGAGAAGGAGAGUCACUAAUCAACCAUCACUUCGGAGCUGGAUGGGAGUAGUGUACCUUGCAAGGACUCCGACAAUCAACUGAGUUUGAGAUCUAAGCGAUACUAGGAUUAGGGUUAGAAAAUAUACUUGAGGAGGGGAGUUGUCCCCUAGUAUUUAUAGCCUUUGGUGACCAGAGAUUUGAAGAAAAUCUCUGUUUGAUUCUGCCUUACUUUGUGGGAUAUGGUUCUGAUUUGGGCGUAUACGUCCUUAAAUGGACCGUUUAUGCGCGUCCUGGCCCAACGUGGAAGCUGGUUGUAACAUUUAUGUAUAGAAAUUUUGUCUAAGAGAUUUUUGUUUAUGUAUAGGGAUUGAGGGAAUGGAUCUGUUAAUUGAAGUCUUUAGUUGAAGUCUAAUUAACUAUGUUAAGAAUAGUUUUGUAUUGUUAAUUGCAUAUUUUUGUGUAAUGGAGACAAAUAGGCGGACAAGAGUUCGAUAAAGGAAUGGGAUUGGAGAAAGAAUA